AUGGAGUGUACCUUUAAUAAGCAUCCUUUUGUUUUCUUGUUUUGGCUUGUGUUCUUUAUUCCUCUAGUAUGCUGUCAACUUUAUUAUAAUUUCUAUGACGCAACUUGUCCAAACCUCACCGGAAUUGUUCGAUACAACGUUAGGUCAGCUAUGAUCAAUGACACAAGGAUUGCAGCUUCUCUCUUGCGCCUUCAUUUCCACGAUUGUUUCGUAAAUGGAUGUGAUGGAUCUGUGCUACUUGAUGAUACUAACACUUUCACAGGAGAGAAAAAUGCACUGCCUAAUCGAAAUUCAAUCAGAGGAUUUGAGGUCAUUGAUACAAUCAAGUCAGCCUUAGAAAAAGCUUGUCCAUCCACAGUGUCAUGUGCUGAUUUACUAGCUCUAGCAGCUAGAGAAGCUGUUUAUCUUAGUAAAGGUCCAUUUUGGCCUGUACCUCUUGGUCGCAGAGAUGGCACAACAGCAAGCGAGAGCGAAGCAAAUAACUUGCCAUCACCAUUUGAACCUCUAGAAAACAUUACAGCCAAGUUCAUUUCCAAGGGUCUUGAAAUGAAGGAUGUAGCAGUGCUCUCAGGUGCCCACACCUUUGGGUUUGCUCAAUGCUUUACAUUUAAGCCAAGGCUCUUCAACUUUGGUGGCUCUGGUAAAUCUGAUCCAGCACUUGAUACUUCACUUCUACAAAAUUUACAGAAACUGUGCCCCAAUCAAGCUGAUUCUGACACCAAUUUGGCUCCCUUGGAUCCCGUUACUACCAACACAUUUGAUAACGUGUAUUACAAAAAUCUUGUGAACAGUUCGGGGCUACUUCAGUCAGACCAGGCUCUUUUGGGUGACAACACUACUGCUUCAUUGGUUAUCAACUAUAGCAAGUGGCCUUUUUUGUUUUUCAGAGACUUUGCGGUAUCUAUUGAGAAAAUGGGCCGCAUAGGUGUACUUACGGGACAACAGGGCCAAAUAAGGACAAAUUGUAGGGCUGUGAACUAG